UGGAGAAACAGAAUCAAGACCAGCUGUAACGUUAACAGAGGGGCUGAGACCGAGGCUGAAAGACGCAGUGAGGGGUGCGGGGCUGCAGACCUACUUCAUAAGACCAGCAGCUCGACGCCGGGUGAAAACCUUCUCCGCACCUCCCAGCCUCUCUCGUCUUCCUGUGGUCUCAGCUUAGACAGGGGUCCCCUUCUCCUCAGCUCCAGCAAGAAGUCAAGGGUCCACCCACACCUCCACAAUGGCCCCCGGGUCUGUGCUCGAGACCAUACGAUCAGUGCUACAGAGGAAUAUGGUGCGAGAGUUUCUGGCGGAGUUCCUGAGUACCUAUGUCAUGAUGGUGUUUGGCCUUGGUUCUGUGGCUCACAUGGUUCUAGGAGAAAAGUUUGGCAGCUAUCUCGGUGUCAACUUGGGUUUUGGCUUCGGAGUGACCAUGGGAGUCCAUGUGGCAGGCGGCAUCUCUGGGGCCCACAUGAACGCCGCGGUGACUUUCACCAAUUGCGCGCUAGGCCGAAUGGCCUGGAAGAAGUUCCCUGUAUACGUUUUGGGUCAGUUCCUGGGCUCCUUCUCAGCAGCAGCUACCACCUACUUAAUUUUCUAUGGCGCCAUUGACCACUUUGCAGGCGGAGACCUAUUGGUGACAGGUUCCAAGUCCACGGCAAACAUUUUUGCCACCUAUCUUCCUGAACACAUGACACUGUGGCGGGGCUUUCUGGAUGAGGCAUUCGUGACUGGGAUGCUGCAGCUGUGUCUCUUCGCCAUCACAGACAAGAACAACAGUCCAGCACUUCAAGGGACCGAACCCAUCGUGAUAGGCAUCCUUGUUACGGUCCUUGGGGUGUCGCUAGGCAUGAACUCGGGAUAUGCAAUCAACCCAUCCCGUGACCUGCCUCCCCGGUUCUUCACUUUCAUUGCUGGCUGGGGCAAACAAGUGUUCAGAGCCGGGAACAACUGGUGGUGGGUGCCGGUGGUGGCACCCCUUCUGGGCUCCUACAUAGGUGGCAUUGUAUACCUGGGCUUCAUUCACCCCAGCAUACCACAGGGUCCUCAGAGACUGGAGAAUUUUACAGCAAGAGAACAGAAGGUAACUGCAUCAUCCAAGAAUGCAGCCUCUGCGAACAUAAGUGGCUCUGUGCCUCUAGAGAGCUUCUAAGUAGAGCUUAUCUUUGACCACAACCCUACUGCAAUAAAGCACACCUCCUAUCAGUGGUCCCCCACUCCUUGGGAUCUCCUGCAGCUGAACUCCCUCCUAGGUUUUUCUGGGAGCUUCUGAGUUAUUCCAGCCUGGUACUUGUUGUGUCGAGCAGGCUGGCCUUGAACUUGUGAUCUUCCUGCCUCUUUCUCCUGAGUGUUGAGGAUACAGGCAUUUACUACCCUGCCUGGCAUAUUCCAGGGUGAUUCUGGACUCUUUUCUGAGCACUAGAGCAUAGGGUCAGAAGACUCCAGCUCUUUCCAGCUCUAGGAGGUGGGGUGUCAAGGGGGAAUGUCUACUUUGGGGGCUCAGAGUGAGUGAUAUAAAGGGCUUUUAUGCAUCAGUUUGUGUGUUGGGGGAACAGUGAGAAAAAGACCGGAGGUAGCUGAUGGGGGAUCAGAUUUGGGGGUCUCUGACGGUUUCCACCCGUUUUCCUUAAAAUUAUGUAGCCCAGGCUAGCCUUGACUGGAACUCUAUAUAACCAAGGUUAGCCAUGAACGCUUGAUCAUCUGGCCUCCACCUCCUGAGUUCUGGGAUUACAGGUGUGUACAGCCAUUCCCAGCUUAUAUGUGGUGCUGGGAUCAAACCUAAGGCCUUGUGUAUGCUAGGUAAUAUCUAUAACUAACUUAAAUCCCAGCUCCCCAGCUUUUUCUUUCUUUAUUUCUUUUUUUUUCUUUUUUGGUUUUUCGAGACAGGGUUUCUCUGUGUAGCCCUGG